GUUGAGGACACAGUCAGAACCCUCACUAACAGCGCAGAUUGCUGCACACAGCGCCAGAGGUGGGCCCCGGGCAGUUACGCCAGCUGUAACGCCCCAGAGUCGGACAGACAGACAGCGACUCUGCCGGCACGUACCAGAAGUGCCACGGACUCAGACGUCCCACGUUGUAAGCCCAGACUUGGCACUACAGCCCGGAGGACUCGCAGCCGACGCCUGAAGACACAGCGCGGUUAUGGAACCUCAGCGACGACCAGCAGCAGGCGUUCAUGCUGUACGCGCAGCUCCUGCUAGCAGCGGCUGCCGGCGUCCGUCAGCCCCCCGUGUGCUCGGUGCUCACGGGCAAAGCCGGCAGCGGCAAGUCGCGGGUGCUGCAGGCAUUGCUGUGGUUUGCAUACCAGCACCGCUGCGAGUCUCUCAUUGCCCUCGUGAGCUACACGUGGCGCGCUGCGCUGCAUUUGCCACAGCCACGGCACGUGCCGCUAUAUAGCGGUGCUGCGGAGGAGAGCUUGCGGCGGCUGCUGGCGCCGGGCGCGGGGGACGGUGGGGCCAUGGAGCGCCAGAUCCGGCAGCUGGAGCAUCCGGAGGGCAGCAUGAACCUCAUGGGGCGGGAGCUGUGGAAUAUGGUGCCGUUCGCGUUCGUUCUCACUCACCAGCAUCGGCAGCAAGCAGGCGUAGCUCGUGCAGCUGCAUGCGCUCGCGCAGCGUCAGCAGCUGCUGCUGUGGCGUAGCGCGGACUUGUCGCCUGACGGGAGCAGCUUACCUAUUUCACAUGUGCAUCAAUUAGAGGCGCUUGGCGGAGCCGACGAUGAUAGUGGUGUGCCCGCUGUGUGCGCAUUCUUUGCUGGCAUUCGUUACGUGUUUACAUCAAAUGAGCAUGUGCGUCUGUAUCACAUCAACAACAACAGUGCCACAGGCACCGGCAUUGUUCUGCAUCCCAACGAGCCACCAUUGCCAGAUGCAAGCAUUGCCCCCGUGCAUGUCCUCAAGUUCGUGCCCUCGGCUGUAAUGGUGCGCCCUGACGGGCCUGAUGCGGGUCGGGUGUCUGUCGAUCAGGCCCUGGAUGUCGGGGAGAUUCCUGUUUUACCGUGCAGUGCUAUGUUCACAUCGCAGCAUGCAACCCUGCGGUUGCCUGUGAUGCGCUGGGGCUUUCGUGUGGAGCUUGCAUAUGCAGUCACUGAUUACUUUGCGCAGGGGCAAACUCUGCCACCGCACGAACUGUGGCUGGUGGAUAUGUGCAACCCGCAGCACGGCAGUUGGCGGCGGGCUUCAAUUUACGUAAUGCUCACCAGGUUUCGUGGGUUGCAUGCGUUACAUUUAGUGCGCCCGCUGUGGGCCUCGCGGGCCGAAGAGCGCCGGCUUAAAAAGGCGCUGCGUACCAUGCUAACGCCCGAGGCAGAUCUAGCUGCGGAAUGGCAGCGGCUAUUGAGGCUCUCGCAGAGCACAGCAGUAGCGGUGCCAGGUAUGAUUGUGCGCAUUCAGGCCAGCAUGGCUGCCUCAUAACCAAGGCCUUCAAUGCAUGCAUGGUUGCAACAUCUGGCAUGUGGCGGUAAACACUGGGUUGUCCUGCGUCCCGGCCAGCAAGGAUAGCGUAGUGUUUUUAACAUGCGCGAGGUGUACUGACAGAUGACCUGGAAGCGUGGAGUACCUUGUGGGUGGUGAGUGCUGACUGCAAUUUACAGCAGUGACUUUCUUGUUGGUGUUUGGUGUGGUGACCAUCAUGCUUGGCUUCGCUGGCUGGACGUAUGUCACUGAGCUGUUUGACAGACAGGCGUAGGGCAACGUGUACGUUCGGGUUUAGUUUCUACCUGUCCUGUCUCUGCGUGAAGCCGGGGUAUUGUUUAUCUGCUUGCUUGUCGUGCGUUGGAUUGUUGCGUGUUUACAACAGGUUGAUGUGUGGCCUGGUUAAUCCCUUGCACUUUGAUGAGGUUAUUGUUAGCCAGCGGGUGUUCGCACACGCGGGUACCACCAGGCGGCUGGAUGGGGUGUACGGGAGCCCCUUCUUCCGCGGGCCUUUUCACUAUUAGCAAUAACUCGUACAAGGAUGCUGACCCGACCUAUCCGCUAUUGCCCGUGGUGAAAACUGGGCUGCCGUCCGGGGGGUGCGUUUUCCCAGCCAAACCCGCACGUUGGACGUUGCCCCGGGGCAAAUCCUACCGCACGGAUUAGACAACGCCUUUCUGUAGGUACAUAACCAACAUCAUCAUCAGCCAGAAGUGGUCGGCAAAGGUCCAAAUUAUGCUUAUCAGGGCUCAAGUCGCGAAAUUGACCGAAGCCCAUACCUCGCAUAUGCGCUGUUUGGGGCCUGAAUCUAUUGCUGUCGACAUUAAUUCUCGUAUAGAUGUAAUCAAAAUAGCUU